AUGCAAGAAAUAUUUCGCCUUCUGCAUAAGAGUGGUGUCACUCACAGUGAGAUUCAUGAUGCUGUCAUUCACACACCUGCCACCCCAGGAAUGGCUGAACUGAUCCAGUUUCUGUACAGUCAGAAUAUGGAGGUUAUAAUUGUGUCAGAUGCCAACUCUGUGUUCAUUAAGGACUGGUUAUGUUCCUCUUCACUUGCACAUGCUGUUGAGAGGGUUUUCACAAACCCUGCCUCCUAUGACAAAGAUGGGUGUCUGAAUAUAGAAAUGUAUCACUUUCAAGACUUUUGUGAGCUAAGUACAAAGAACCUAUGUAAGGGUCACAUUUUGGACCUGUACAUUGAGGAGCGGGCAUCUAUAGGGGUGACAUUUUCACAAAUUGCUUAUGUUGGUGAUGGUAGAAAUGAUCUGUGCCCAUGUUUGCGUCUCUCAGAGAAGGAUCUAGUAUUCCCACGUGAAGGCUUUCAGUUGGAUAAGUUGAUCAGAGACAUGCAGGACCAGAAAGACAUGCGCAUGAAAGCUAAGGUUCAUGUAUGGAAGACAGGAAGUGAUAUCAUCAGAACUCUCUCAGACUACUGGCAUCAGAAUAAAAUUGAUUCAGAGCAUUAA